GGCCGGGCGUGAGGGGCUCUCCUCCGUCUGUGGGACUCCCUGUCGGAUUUUCCGCGGCCAGCAGAACGGCUUUCCCAUGUUCCAUGAGGUGCUGCGGGGCCCCUUCCCAGCCAGAGCGCUGCCUUUGGUGGCAGCGGUGCUUUUCCAGAGGAAGGAGAGGAAGGACGCGGGUUUCCCUCGGUGCCGGUGGGAAAAGCACCCUUACUACAACCUAACAGUAAAAGUCCUCCGAGCCAGAAACAUCAAGGGUACAGAUGUGUUGUCCAAGGCAGACUGCUAUGUGGCACUGAAGCUGCCCACUGCAUCUCCCAGCGUCUCUCGAACUCAGGUUGUUGACAACUCUGAGAACCCAGAAUGGAAUGAAACUUUCCAGUAUCGAAUCCAUGGUGCUGUCAAGAACAUUCUGGAGCUGACCCUUUAUGAUAAGGAUGUCCUUGUCAGCGAUGAGCUCGCCUCUGUUGUCUUUGAUGUGGGGGGCAUGGGGCUGGGCCAGCCCCUGCUGAGCACCUUCAGGCUGAUCUCCGAGGCUAAUGGAGAACUGGAUGUGGAGUUUUUCUUGGAGAAAUGCUCAGAUGCUCCUACAGAAGUAUUGACUAAUGGAGUCCUUGUGGUUCAUCCUUGCUUGCGUCUGCAAGGCACUGUCAACAAAGAGGAAAAUACAAAAGAGAAGCAGCAAGGAUGCUGUGAGGUCAAGGUGUCUGUCCCAGGGGCAUAUCAAAAGCAGUUGUCUAUUCCUUGGACCCCAGACAAUGAGAAGGAUUAUGGAACUUCAUUUGUCUUUCAUGUGGAUAAAGAAAUGCGUCCAGAAUUGCAAGUGGAGUUGGAGCAAACCAUGUCUGUCCUACAGGAUGGUGUGAACCCUGAUAUUGAAAAGCAUACUACAGUUCUGGGAUUGGGGACUGUCCCAAUUAAUUCCCUUCCUAUUGGAGAAAAAGUUGAUAGGAUCAUUUCUUUGGGAGAGGGAAAAAGUUUGGAUAUGAGUUUGAAAACUGAAGAGAGCCCUUGGGAUCUUGAUAUACGUCUGGGUUUUGAUCUCUGUAAAGAGGAGAGAGAAUUUUUGAACAAAAGGAAGAAAGUAGUUUCUGAGGCACUGAGGAAGACUCUUUGCUUAAAAGACUCCCCUCCAAAAGAUGAGGUUCCAGUCAUAGCAGUGCUGGGCUCUGGAGGUGGGAUGAGAGCACUGACAUCCUUCUAUGGCAGCCUUGCUGGGCUGCAGCAGCUGGGCCUUCUGGAUGCUGCAAUAUACCUCUGUGGGAUUUCUGGCUCUACUUGGUGUUUAUCAACACUGUAUCAAGACCCUGACUGGUCACAGAAAGACCUUCAGGAUGCAAUCAGAAGAGCCCAGAGUACUGUGUCCAGCAGCAAAGCAGGGGCAUUUUCCCCAGAACAACUGAAAUACUAUUUCCAGGAACUGAAUGCCAUGGAGAUCACUGGACGGAAGGUUUCCUUUACAGAUUUGUGGGGCCUUAUUGUGGAAUAUUUCCUACAAGAGAAGGAAGAUUCAUCAAAGCUGUCUGAUCAGCAGGAAGCAGUGAAAUGGGCCCAGAACCCUUAUCCUAUCUAUGCAGCUGUCAAUGUGAGACCCAAUAUGAGCAGUGGUGACUUUGCAGAAUGGUGUGAGUUCACCCCCUAUGAAGUUGGAUUUCGCAAAUAUGGAGCUUUUGUUAGAACAGAGAACUUUGACAGCGAGUUCUUCAUGGGACGGCUUGUCCAGAAACAUCCAGAGCCCAGGAUUUGUUUUCUACAAGGAAUGUGGGGCAGUGCCUUUGCUGCAAGCUUGGAUGAUAUCUGCCUGAAGGUGGUUGGUAUAGGACUGAGCUUUCUAGAUUCUUUCAAAGAUGUUAUCAAAGUUGUAGAUGACUGCCGGAGAUUCCAUUUCCAAGAAGACCCAGCACGACUGAAGACUCGCCUGGUUACGCCUGGGGGCCCCUUGUUACAGAUCUUUCAGGAUUUCUUCAAGUCCCGGGUCACAUGUGGAGAAACCUUCAACUUCAUGAAGGGAUUGUACCUUCAUAAAGAUUAUGUUAACAUCAAGAAAUUUGUGACUUGGAGAGGUACUGACGUGGAUGCCUUUCCCAACCAGCUGACUCCCAUGGAAGAGAGCUUGUAUUUGGUGGAUGGUGGCUUUUCUAUCAACUCUCCUUUUCCUUUGGUACUUGAGCCAGAGAGAGAUGUGGAUGUUAUCUUGUCAUUCAAUUUUUCCUGGGAAGCUCCAUUUGAGGUUUUAGAGCUGACUCAGAAAUACUGUGAGGAACGGGAAAUUCCUUUUCCAAAAAUCAAAUUUAGUGAUGAAGAUGAAAAGAACCCAAAAGAGUGUUACAUGUUUGUGGAUGAUAAUAAUCCAAAGGCUCCAAUUGUACUCCAUUUCCCACUGGUGAAUGACACCUUCCAGAAAUACAAAGCUCCAGGAGUUGAACGUGAGUCAGAAGAAGAGAAAUCCUUUGGUGACUUUAUCAUUGAGUCAAAAGAUUCCCCUUACCGCACACUGAACUUCACCUUUGAGCCAUAUGAUUUCAGCAGGUUAGUGGAAGUGAAUCGCUACAAUGUUCUGAACAACAAGGACACUCUCCUCAAAACCCUGAACUUGGCUCUGCAAAGGAGGAAGUUGAAGAAAGUCAUCAGUGAAUCAAACACAUGAGCAGUUUUAAAGGCUGAGGAUACAGAGAGGCUGCAGUGUACAAAAACCAUGAGGUUCAAGACAGAAUACUGAAAGUGAAUAGCUGGAAAAUGUCUUCUGGGGGAGUAGUACACCUAACACUGAAAACUCAUUCCAGGUUAUGUGCUCUGAUGAAAUCUCAGGGGAUGUACAGUACAACAUGGAUGUUGCUUCCUCUCAUGGGGAAGAGUGAGGAAUUACCUAGCUCAGUGUCUCAAAUCACAGUGGCUAAUUCCAGAUAAUUUGGGAGGCCUAUCCAAACCAUUCAAGCAUCUGGAGAAUAAUCUUCCAGACUCUGAGUGAUGCACAUCUUUUAAUAAAAAGUGUGUUGAUGUUUGAAGAAACAGAUUUCCAUCUGUACUUCUAUCUCUUGCUUUUGGACCUCCCUUCAUGAACUUUUACAAUUUACAUCAUCUUAAAAAGAGCUCCGGAGAUAAAAACUACACACAGAGAGGAAAUGUCUCCUUUUGUUUCAGUUUGCUGCUGGUUGGUGCCCAUGUACUUUCAAGACUAAACAGUCAUUACCUGCUUCCCAUUUUGCCAUUCAUGGCUUCAGUUUUCUUCUUGCUCUUCUCAAGGAUUUUGAUGUCUUUUAGUCUCUCAGAAAUUCUAUACAGAGUAUUUUAUUUUGGUAAACCAUUUUUUUUCAAGGAAAUAAAUGUUUUUUUAUAUUUAACAAUAAAAAAAACAUUGUGGGAUUUUGU